AUGAAUAAAUUAAAAAUAAAUUUAUCGCAUCUUAUUGCGGAAGAAUGGCGAGUUCCCGGCGCCAAUGAACACCUCUACCGAAUAGGUGUUUCACCGGUAAACAGUGUUGACCAGCCGUACAAACGUCACCCGCUGUACAACCCGUGGCUCGUAUUUUUGUCAUCACUGUAUAUGCUAUUGAAAUGUAUGCUUUUGUGUUACGGCUAUAGCAGCGGUUCCCCCUAUCAGACCCAUUAUAGCUAUCUGUUUGGUAAUGUCGAUGACUUUUUGGGCACCGGCUGUAUGACCAACAUGGCAUUUGGCCUGGCUGCUGUGUACUGUCUUGGUGCUAUUCCCGGUAUUGAAAUUUUUAUCGUGGCCUACUAUUUUAUCAUCACGUACUAUUUGAAAGAGAAACUCGCCCAUCUCAACUCAGUAUUAGGUGAUAGUCUAGUGGCCGCUGAACCCAAUAUAAAGGUCAACAAAAUAAUUGACCGACUUUUACGGGCGUACGACUGGACGUACGCCGAGUGCGCGGAUUAUAGCCAUACGUUUUGGUCAAAGUAUUUGCUGUGCUUUUGGUUCACGUGGAAUGGGCUGAUCAGUACGGCUACAUAUUUGAUCAUGGUGGCCGAUACAAACCCAAUUAUACGUGGUGUUAUAGUUAUUACCGAUGUGGCUCACAUUACAUUUCUAUUGACUAUUAUACACCUGUCAUCGCAAUUGUAUAACGUGGCCAUCAAUACCUAUGGUAUUAUUAACUCGAUGUUAGCGUCCAAUAGGUUGUAUGUCUCACGUAGUAUUAAGUUUAAGCGAUUUUCAGACACAAUGAGUACGACUGACAGCGAGUUAAAGGCGACGAUCAUUGAUGUGACCGAAAGGCUAAUUAAGACCAUAAAUGCGGCCGAUUUUGCCGCUUAUAUCAAGUUUAUUGAUCCCAAUCUGACCUCCUUUGAACCCGAGGCCGUCGGCAAUAUUGUCGGCGUUGACUUUCACAAGUUUUAUUUUGACCAUCUGUUGGUGAAAGACUCGGCGCCUAAGAGGACAACAUUAAUAUCGCCAGUCGUUCACAGACUGGGAUCAGACAGCGCUGUCAUCGCAUACAUUAGACUUAACCAAUUCGUAGAUAAAAGUGGAAAUGUUGUGACCACUCGGGGAGAGGAAACACGCGUUUGGCGCAAGAAUGAUGGUAAAUGGCAGUUGGUGCACUUCCAUCGCUCGGACGUUCCCAGCAAUGUCUAAAGUCAUGCAUUUAUAACACCAAUUAAUACAGAAAUGACAAUCCAAUGAAUGCUGUAUUUUUAAGAUUAUAUUUUACAGUGAUUUGUAUUAUUUUUAAUAAUAAAAUUUGAAAUUACAUAUUGGAUAUUUUAUGUUUACUAUAA